GUUUAGGUGGACAAGAAAUAUUGUUACAUGAAUACACAACAGAGCAGUUUGUAGAGAACUAGGAAGAAUGAAUUGGAAUGGUAAAUAAUGUUAUGAGCACAGAGAAGAAAAGGCAGUUGAGAGAGUGCUCAUAGUAUUAUGGCAGUGCUACUAAUCUAUUGAAUUUGCCACUAAACACAACACAAGUGGGGAUAAACAGGGAACCCUGGACCCCUGUUUUAUUAGACGAUAACUCAGAGAGGAGUUCCUGGGGACCGGUAAAGCCAGGAAGCAAAAAGUUGAGGUGGAUAAAGAAUAACAAGAAAAAAGAAGAAUACAGGACCAUCUGAAAGGGUAUGUCUUAAUUAUAAAGGAAUUGGGAAAAAGUGGUCAAAAAUAUUGUGGAUCAGUAACACAGAAAGUAUUAAGGGUAAUAUGGAGGAAGGAACGCUGAAGUAUGAAUGUGAAUUGUUGAGGCUGAACUUUAAGUAACAGUACUUCACUUCUAGUUCUUUUUGCUUUCUAUUCCUCUAGUUCUAGAGCUCUAGUUCUUUUUGCUUUCUAUUCCUCUAGUUCUAAAGCUCUCGUUCUAUUUGCUUUCUAUUCCUCUAGUUCUAAAGCUCUAGUUCUGUUUGCUUUCUAUUCCUCUAGAUCUAAAGCUCUAGUUCUCUUUGCUUUGUGUUACUCUAGUUCUAAAGAUCUAGUUCUCUUUGCUUUCUAUUCCUCCAGUUCUAAAGCUCUAGUUAUUUUUGCUUUCUAUUCCUAACUUAUUUCAAAGCUUGUAGGGAAUGGGCCUACAGUGAUUAGUGCAGAGAGUACUGCCUCCUUUUGACCCUAUAGCAAAUGGUUUCUCCUUAGGGAUAUCUGCCCUGGGGGAAUGGCUUCACCAUGUCUAUAGAGCCCCCCUCCACUUGUCUUAUGGGCCACUUUUCCUGUGACCCCUGCCCUUCAACCUGUCUAGCUUGGGUGGCUCUACUAGGAGCAGAUGGUCCCACCAGCAUAGAUCUCUUGGUUGUAAUAGGCCAUGCAAGACUUGCUUCUUAGACCUUACUGUAAUGCAGAAUUCUCAUACAGUACAUACAGACAACACAUGGCGCUUCUGUUGUUGUUAUACUGUAGGAUGUGAGUAGUUGUUCUUGGUGCUUUUGAAAACAGUGUAUUUUUGUUAAACUUCAGUUUGAAAUAAAGUUGGCUUCGAUGUUCCCUUUUGCUUGAUGUCACUUCCUUUGCUUCUGUCAUCACUGUUUGUGUCAGAACAGGUUGUUGUAAAUUCCUCCAACAGAGCACAGAAUGACAGAGCGGGGCAGGGAAUUCCUGCAGUCACAGCGUCUUUAUUACCUUGCACCAAGUGCUAUCUGGCAGGGAAGGAUGGGUAUAUAUAAUGGGAGCAGCAGGCAAAGCUCAUUACAGAGUCCAAAGAGAGCAGGCAGAUCUCCAGAGAAGGCACUAAAAAGAGCUGGCAGAUCCCCAGUAAAAGAAUCAGAGGCAAGAAGAUCCUCAGCAAAACUAUCAAGAGGGAGGACAUCACUAUAGAAGCAGCAGCCAUGGGCAAUCUCUUUAGUUCCCUCUACCAAGCCCUUAUGGGCUUCAUUGGCACCAAGGCCAGAAUCAUCAUGCUGGGUCUGGAUGCAGCUGGCAAAACCACAGUCCUGUACAAACUAAAGUUUAAUAAGACCGUCACUACAAUCCCCACCAUCGGAUUCAACGUUGAGACACUGGAGCCCAUGAGUGACGUGUCCUUCACUGUAUGGGAUAUGGGGUAUCAGGCGAAGCUUAAACCCCUUUGGAAUUAUUAUUUAACCAACACAGAUGGCCUGGUCUUUAUUGUGGACAGUGCUGACUGUGAGAGGUUCCAGGAAGCCAGGCUGGAGCUGGAAGCCAUUCUGGACACUGACGAAAUGAGAGGUGUCCCAUUUGUGGUGAUGGCCAAUAAACAGGAUCUUCCCGGUGCCAGGAGGCCAAUGGAGGUGGCAGAAGAAUUAGGCUUGCCGAAGAUACAAGGCCACCCAUGGCACGUGCAGGGCUGUUGUGCAACUACUGGGGAUGGACUUGUGGAGGGCCUGGAAGUAUUCACAAACUUGGUGAAACAGUUCCAAAAUACCAGGUCCUAAGAGCAGAGACAUAGCUUCAGCUGCAAUCUUGUUUAGACACUGAGAAACCAAUUGAUGCAGGUAUCUGGCCCAAUCUGUGUUCUCUGUUCUUCGAAAACACAUAUAAUGCACUACUGAUAUUCAGAAUAUUAUAACAAUGCUAAAACCAUGGCUACUUAUUGUGCCUUUGGGGAAAGACAUUGGGACAUCUGCUAAUUUGAUUGGAAAGCAAUGAUAAAUAGGAGAUCAUCAGGCAGAGAAUCACAGACUGACCAACAGUGACUUGGAUGUAUUGGAAUAGAAGAUACCCAAUAUUCUGCUUCUCUGCACAACUUUCUUAU